CUGUGUCGCAACAACCAAUUAAUGACCGUUUUACUCUUUAGAAUGGCUGACAGUAGCCAAUGAGAUGAAUGCUUGUUCCUAGAGGAAGGAAGAGAAAUGAAAGCAGUGAUCUGAUUGGUUGCUAUGGGUUACUGCUUCGCUGCUUGUACAAGAUAACAUGGCGGCCUGUGGGGUGACGGAUAAGGCUUGUGCGGCCAUCCCCGGAUCAUGGAGGCCCAGUCACACCACAGCGACACCAGCUCACGGCCGGGGCCUGCGUCCCACCAGAGGAGCGCUCAUGCUGGGAGUUGUAGUACUACGCGAGCCCGUUCCCGUGAGGAGCGGGUGAGGUGACUGUCAGUGCUGGGACUUGUAGUGCCGCAGCCUCCCGGGCCUGGAGCUGCCGGUUCUCCGCUCUCCCUCCGCCAGUGACGUGAGGUGCGGGGGGGAGGAGGCCGGAGCGGCCCGGGGGGAGGAGGAGGAGGCCGCGCCCGCUUCCCUCGCUCAUUGGCCGAGGCCCCCGCAGCCCCCUGAUCCGAAGACCCGAGACCCCGGCGGAGAGAGGAUGCCCGGAGCCCGGCAGGUAUUGUGAAUGACUCGGAAUAAGCAUGGAUCCGGGAGGUGGAGGUUUGGAACUCCAGAUACAAGAAGCCAAAAUUCCUCAUACGAUGAUCAUGCAGGACUUUGGUACAGUCGUUUUCCUUUUAUUUUUACUGCUUGGGUGAAAAAAAUCCUACAGACCAUAGCAAACCCUUCAGUAAUAACAGAUAAAUUGGCUGGGAUGACGGGCACAGCCCACGUCGAUGGCGACCACAUCGUCGUCUCGGUUCCAGAGGCUGUCUUAGUUUCUGAUGUCAUUACGGACGAUGACAUCACGUUGGCACAGGAGGAGCUGUCUGAUGAAGUCGUGCAGGGUCCUGACAUCAUCACUGAGGAGGACGUUGUGACAGAGAGCGUCAUUGUACCGGAGGCCGUCCUGGAAACCGAUGUCACUAUGGAGGAGGAGCUGGAGGACACCCAUCAUGUCUUGGAAUCUGACAUCAUUACCGAAACUGUUACUGACCAAGUGUUUGUGGCCGAUCUCGUCACUGGGAGCGAUGGUCACUUGGCCCAUGUAGUGCAAGACGCAAUGUCCGGAUCCCACUCUCCCACCAUGGUCUCACAGGAGGUUCUGGUGGCCAGCUGUGACUCAGAUGCCAUAAUUCAUUCCCCUGACAUCCAGGCUGCCGGAUCUUCCGUAACCAUUAAAGCAGAGGAUGAUGACGAUAUGAAAGGUCCUGCUGAAGAUUAUCUGAUGAUAUCAUUAGAUGACGUCGGGGACAAGUUAGAACGCAUCGGCAGCACUCCUCUUAAAAUCAGCACAGAGGUUUCCCAUGGGGACGCCGCGUCUAAAGAAGAUGGGUUUGGUUCAGAGGUGAUUAAAGUUUACAUAUUCAAAGCGGAGGCAGAUGAUGAUGUGGAAAUAGGGGGGACAGAAAUUGUUACAGAAAGCGACUUCCACAACGGGCAUUCCAUCGCCGGAGUCCUCGAGCAGGGCGGUCUGGCUCGAGUACAAAGGGAGAAGAUGGUUUACAUGACUGUGAAAGACUCCACUCAGGAAGAUGAAGAUAUUGGGUGCGCAGAAAUUGCAGAUGAAGUUUACAUGGAGGUCAUCGUGGGCGAAGAGGAAGCCACUUCUCUUCCGGAGGCUCAGAGUGAGGACUCCAGCUUGAGCAAAACAUUUGUUCCUGUAGCCUGGGCAGCUGCUUAUGGAGAAGAGCGAGAGCUGCCCAGGAAAUAUGGCGACUGGCAGGAGACUGGAACCUUGGAGCCACGGCUGGAAAACAAGAAUGGAACAGCGACCCAGUACCUGCAGAUCUGCGACAGUACUGCCACCAGCAGAGCUCUAAAACAAAAGGCCAAGAAGAGGAGAAGAGGCGACGCCAGGCAGUGGCAGACAGCGGUCAUCAUUGGUCCAGAUGGGCAGCCGCUAACAGUCUACCCUUGUCACAUAUGUGGAAAGAAGUUUAAAUCCCGAGGUUUCCUGAAACGACACAUGAAGAAUCACCCCGAUCACAUGAUGAAGAAGAAGUAUCAGUGCACGGACUGUGACUUCACUACCAACAAGAAGGUUAGCUUCCACAACCAUCUGGAGAGCCACAAACUGAGCAGCAAAGUGGACAAGACGCACGAGUUCACAGAAUACACGCGGAGGUACCGCGAGGCGAGCCCCCUCAACUCCAACAAACUCAUCCUGCGAGACAAAGAGCCCAAACUCCACAAGUGCAAAUAUUGUGACUAUGAGAGCAGUGAGCAGGGACUGCUGAACCGCCAUCUGCUGGCAGUCCAUAGCAAAAACUUUCCUCACGUGUGUGUCGAAUGCGGAAAGGGUUUCCGGCACCCUUCCGAGCUAAAAAAACACAUGAGGACACAUACGGGCGAGAAGCCAUACUUGUGCCACUAUUGUGAAUUUAGGUGUGCCGACCAGUCCAACCUAAAAACACACAUUAAAAGCCGCCACGGGACAGACUUGCGGUAUAAGUGUGAACAGUGCCCACAGGCGUUUACUGAUGAAAAGGAACUUUUAAGGCACACAGAGCUAUUUCAGGGUCACAAAACUCACCAGUGCCCUCACUGUGACCACAAGAGCACCAACUCCAGCGACCUUAAACGGCACGUCAUAUCUGUUCACACUAAGGACUUCCCGCACAAGUGUGAGGUGUGCGAGAAAGGGUUUCACCGUCCCUCAGAACUCAAGAAGCACAGUGAGACCCACAAGGGCAAAAAGAUUCACCAGUGCCGACACUGUGACUUUAAAACGUCCGACCCCUUCAUACUAAGCGGACACAUCCUCUCUGUUCACACCAAGGACUUGCCCUUUAAAUGUAAAAAGUGCAAACGAGGCUUCCGGCUUCAACUUGAACUCAAGAAGCACAUGAAAACGCACAGCGGCAAGAAAGUGUACCAGUGCCAAUACUGCGAGUACAGCACCACGGACGCAUCCGGAUUUAAGCGGCACGUCAUCUCCAUACACACAAAGGACUACCCGCAUCGCUGCGAGUUCUGCAAGAAGGGAUUCCGGAGGCCGUCAGAAAAAAAUCAGCAUAUCAUGAGGCACCACAAAGAGGCGAUCAUGUAACUGUAGCUGCCACCUAGGGCGCAGAAAGAUUUCAGCCGCUUCAAAGCUGGGAACCGCAGUCUUUUUUUUUUCUUCUUCUCCCUUUUACGUUUUGCACUUUGCUGUGCGUUCCUCAGCCGUGAAGGGGUUAAAUCUUUAACGUGUGAACCAACCCUGAAAAGAAAGAUUCAGUUUGGGUGGGGGGGGGGGGGGAUGGGGGUCUAUUUUAAUCUCUCCAGAUCAGAAAUGAGCAGUCUGUGGCUGCUCCAAACCACAAGAGAACCACAAGUACCAGCAAGCUUGGGAGGGUUGACUGUCUCCACCUCCAAUGCAAAAGGCGUUAUCUGUCCAGGGUUCACAAUCGCUCCUUUUUUUAAAACUCUGUGCCUGAACGUUUGCAAAACUUCCCUGUUCUGCGAAACGAAGCGGUGAAUGACGUGUUUUUGUGUAUAAAAAGUUUACAGCGCUGCUAACACGACGUGUUGCUGGAUACAGUAUUGAUUCAGUAGCAUAUAUAUUAUUAUUUUUUCUUCCCUCUCCACGAUACUAAAGGUCAAAUGAAGCAAGAUAUAUAAAGGUGCUAGACAAGGCGACAUUGUCCCGAGUAAGGACCUUACGUAUCGUUACUACAGUGGAAUGUUGUGCGGUAGGAUCCUGUUUUAUUGUACGUAUGAGUCUGAUGGAGUUUUUAAAUAUAUAAUGUAAAUAAAUAUAUAUUAUAUCUAUAGAUGGAAGAAUUAUACCAGAACUUUUAGCACUUUUAUCUCUUGUCGAAAGCGUCUUGUGCGAGUGAGGGACGGCAGGAGAUGGUCUCGGUUUGGCACAACUACUGCAAUACUAGUAACCAGUUCCUCUCUGGAAUAAGCAGUAAUGUGGCAGUGUGUGGGUGUAAAUGACGUACACGUUGUAAGAUAAGGUUGUCCAUGUUCACGUGCGGAUAUUUGUGUUUCCUCAUCAUAAUGAGCAUCAAAAAUAAAGAGCAGUAUCUUGCAUUUUAUUUCCC